AAUCUCCUCUCUCUUUCUCUCUCUCUCUCUUCGCCCUUUCCACAAAACCCUAACCCUAGAAAGCGACCCUGUCCAUGGCGGAAUCCGACCCAGCUCCAUCGUCUCCUCCCCUCGCCCCCGCUCCAACCGCCAAGAGGGAGGAUCUGCAACCCGUGGGAGAAAAGAUCGCGGAGUUGAAUGAGUCGCAAUCGGAAUUACUCGGUAGGCUCCGAGGAUUGAAGGAGGAUUUGCAGAACUGGAGAUCAAAGUUGGACACUCAGGUUAAGACAUACAAAGAUGAGCUCACAGAUCUAAAGCAAACACUCAACACCGAGUUGGAGCAACUGAGAUUGGAUUUCCAAGAAUUGAGGACAACUCUCCAAAAGCAACAAGAGGAUGUCACAGCUAGUCUAAAGAAUUUGGGGAUGCAGGACUUGGCCGAAAGCCAAAAGGAAGAAGAUCAGCAAAAGAAUAAUGCAGAGUGCGAAGAAGCCGCUUUAGAAGGCCAAAACGGUGCAAUUCAAUCAGAGGGCUCUGCUGCUGCAGAGUCCUCACCCUAGGGAGAAGGUAUGGUGUUAUGCUCCUCAUAUGGACUAGGAGCUUUUUAGCCUCUUAUGAAUUGGUCACUGUUUUCCUGUUUGUCAUGUUCAUGAACUAUAUAAAGCAUGCCUAUUAGCCUAUUAUUAUUAUUAUUAUUAUUGUUUUU